GCAGAGGGGAGGGUAGGGGAGGUGGGAUGCUCUUUCUCCCCUCAAUGACCUUUGAACUGCAGUUCCGCUCUCAUCACCGCUGUCUAAUUGAUGACGGACGACCGAGACGGCCGACGCUCAGCGCGAUGAGAGUCGACAAGGAGAGGAGAAGGGCGAUCAGUCGCGAGGCCGCCAGGAAGCGGCGGCGAGUGGAGUCGGAGGUCUUUGGCGAUUUGUGCCGCUUGCUGCCGCUGCGAGCGUCCGUCAGGGAUCACCUGGACAAGCCGUCCGUCAUCCGCUUGGCACUCUGCUACAUCCGACUCAAAGCGCUGCUGCAAGACGAGAUGUACGUGUCAAAGAUUUUCACGGGAGGACCUGACGUCCGUCUGGAUGUGAAAGACGCGACGGAGGCCGCAGAGGAGUCGGAGGUCUACCUGACGAUCCUGGAGGGAUUUGUGAUGGUGGUGUCUUCCGAGGGGGACAUGAUGUUUCUGUCUGACAACGUCAGCCGCUACCUUGGCCUCACACAGACUGAGUUGAUGGGCCACAACGUUUUUGACUUUAUUCACCCGUGUGACCACGAAGAAAUCAGAAGUAACCUGCGCCUUUCUGCAGAAGAAGCGUUUUGGAGCGAUGCAAAGCGGGACUUUGUGGUGAGGAUUAAAAGCACCCUAACUUUCCGAGGACGAAGCACCAACCUCAAGUCGGCCACGUGGAAGGUGCUGCAGUGCCAAGGCCGAGCGAGGGCCUGCGCCGGCCCCUCCCCGUCCUCCUGCCUGCUGCUCACCUGUCGACCUCUGCCCUUGUCUCACACGCUCCUCUGCGCUCGCACCUUCGGCAGCCAGCACAACUCUGUCUUUGUGCUGCAGUGCCAAGGCCGAGCGAGGGCCUGCGCCAGCCCCUCCCCGUCCUCCUGCCUGCUGCUCACCUGUCGACCUCUGCCCUUGUCUCACACGCUCCUCUGCGCUCGCACCUUCGGCAGCCAGCACAACAUGGACAUGAGGUUCACGCAGUGCGACCACAGAGUGUCGUCAAUUUUAGGGUACACCCCCCGCGAGCUGGUGGGCCGCUCCAUAUACGAGCUUUGUCACACGCUGGACACAAUCUGUUUGACCAAAUAUCACAUCAACUUGUACUCCAAAAGCCAGUCGGUCAGCGGUCACUACAGGAUGCUUGUGAGGGGCGGCGGGUACGUGUGGGUGGAGAGCCACAGUGCCGUGGUACCAGCGGCCCGAGGGUCCAAGUCAAGGAACAGGGCCUCGCAGCCCCUCUUGAUCCUCUCC